UCCAAUGGUCACCCAGUUACACCUAAUAUGUUUAUAAGAGAUCGCCCUGCCACGCAAGGAGGUAACAGAUUUGGACAGCUGAGCAGAAGUCAGUUUUUCACCAGGCACAAUCCUCAUCCCCACAGAGUUCGACAUUUUAAAGGUUUAUUAGAUGUUCCAAUUUGUUCAGUAAAUGAUGAUGGACAUUUCGCUACCAACAAA